UCCUCUCACACGGCUGAUUAAAAGUCUGAUUUUCUCCUCGUUUAUGAUGCAGUGGUUUGGAGCGCUGAUCCUCUUUGUGACUCUGUCUGCAGCGUUUGGACUGAAAUGCCACACAUGUCAAGGCGAAACCUGCACCAACCCACAAACUUGUCCUCCCAACACUGACCGUUGUGCCACCACUAAAGUGAACGAUGUUGUCACUAAGACAUGCAUAAUUAAUAGCGCAUGUGUUGGUACCACAAAGUGCUGUGAGAAGGACUUGUGUAACAGCGCCAUACCCACUGGUUCCAGUGUCCUCCUCCUGCUGGUAUCCUCAAGCAUCAUCACACUCUUUCUCUGAGGCUCAGGAGCAGCCACAGCUGAAGAAUAUUUGUCUUCUCUCUUACCCAUUGUGAAACUCUGGAAGAACAAAAAAAAAGAUCCAAAAUGUAAAAGCUGUGAAUGAUGGCAAAUUGAAGUUUGCUCAAUAAAAAACAAUUGAUCAACCACU